AUGCAUCAACCUGAUUCAUAUGUUCCCAAAAAGAUCCUGAUAACUGGCGCUGCUGGUUUCAUUGGCUCCCAUGUCACCAACAGACUCAUCAAGAACUACCCUGAUUACAAGAUUGUGGCCCUUGACAAGCUAGAUUACUGUUCUAACCUCAGGAACCUGUUGCCUAGUCGAUCCUCUCCAAAUUUCAAGUUUCUUAAAGGAGAUGUUACUUGUGCUGAUCUUGUUAAUUACCUCUUGGUUGCUGAAGAUAUUGAUACAAUUAUGCACUUUGCUGCCCAAUCCCAUGUUGAUAAUUCUUUUGGUAACUCCUUUGAAUUUACCAAUAAUAAUAUACUUGGCACACAUGUACUUCUUGAAGCCUGCAAAGUCACUCAACGAAUCAGGAAGUUCAUUCAUGUUAGUACUGAUGAAGUUUAUGGUGAAACUGAUAUGGACGAUGACAUUGGCAAUCCUGAAGCUUCUCAACUCCUUCCCACAAAUCCUUACUCUGCCACUAAAGCAGGGGCUGAAAUGCUUGUCAUGGCUUAUCACAGAUCUUAUGGCCUUCCAACAAUCACCACUAGAGGCAAUAAUGUGUAUGGCCCCAACCAAUACCCAGAAAAGCUUAUCCCCAAAUUCAUUUUGCUCGCGAUGGAAGGCCAGAAAAUGCCAAUUCAUGGCAAUGGCUCAAAUGUAAGAAGCUAUCUUCAUUGUGAUGAUGUUGCUGAGGCAUUUGAUGUCAUACUUCAUAAAGGGGUGAUUGGACAUGUUUACAAUGUUGGCACUAAGAAGGAGAGGACAGUCCUUGAUGUGGCAAAGGACGUAUGCAAACUGUUUCAGUUGGAUCCUGAAGAAACUAUACAUUUUGUUCAGGACAGACCUUUUAAUGACCAGAGGUACUUCUUGGAUGAUCAGAAGCUCAAGAGGCUAGGGUGGAAAGAAAGAACACCUUGGGAAGAAGGGCUAAAAAUGACAAUGGACUGGUACACUAAGAAUCCACAUUGGUGGGGUGAUGUUUCUGGUGCUCUUAACCCACACCCUUGCAUCUCAAUGCUCACUGACUCAAACGACAAUGAUGAUGCAUUGUUCUUUCACCGUCGUCGCACAACUGAAAGUGACAGCAUUAAUGGUUCAGAAAUGAAAAUUUUGAUAUAUGGAAAGACUGGUUGGAUAGGAGGGAUAUUGGGAAAGGUCUGUAAGGAUAAAGGGAUCAAGUUUGAGUUUGGAAGAGGAAGAUUGGAAGAUAGAUUGUCAGUCAUAGAAGACAUAAAGAGAAUAGGGCCAACUCAUGUGUUCAAUGCAGCAGGAAUUACUGGGAGGCCUAAUGUUGAUUGGUGUGAAUCACAUAAGGCUAAAACUAUAACAACUAAUGUUGUAGGCACUCUGACUCUAGCAGAUGUAUGCAAAGAGUACAAUCUCCUGAUGAUGAACUUUGCAACUGGCUGCAUAUUUGUGUAUGACAAAAAGCAUCCAGUAGGAUCUGGCAUCGGAUUCAAGGAGGAGGACAAACCAAACUUCUCUGCUUCUUUCUACUCCAAGACAAAGGCUAUGGUUGAGGAGCUACUUAGUGAAUAUGAUAAUGUCUGUACCCUGAGAGUUCGUAUGCCAAUCUCUUCUGAUCUUAGCAACCCGAGAAACUUCAUAACAAAGAUUACUCGUUACAAUAAAGUGGUCAAUAUACCAAAUAGCAUGACAGUGCUAGAUGAGAUGCUGCCAAUCUCCAUUGAAAUGGCAAAAAGAAACUACAGAGGAAUCUGGAACUUCACCAAUCCAGGAGUGGUUAGCCACAAUGAGAUAUUGGAGAUGUACAAGCGUUACAUAGACCCCAAAUUCGAAUGGACCAAUUUUAACUUGGAAGAGCAGGCCAAGGCGAUUUUAGUACCAAGGAGUAACAAUGAGUUGGAGGUCACCAAGCUAAAGAAAGAGUUUCCAGAACUGUUGCCCAUUAAAGAUUCAAUUGUUAAGUAUGUCUUUGAGCCUAACAAGAAGACUUAG